GUUUCUUGCCCGUCCUUUUAUCUCGUCACCGGCUGCUGCUGCUGGAUGGCAUUUUAUUUUUUUCCGUCUUUCCCUCCACACUCCACUCUGCUGUUCAUCUUGUUUUUAGCACAGCUGUUACAACACACACACACACACACACAUGAACACAUGCUGACGAACACACACUUCUUCUUCUUCUUUUUCUUCCUCUCUUCUUCUGUUCUGCCAACUUCACACUGUCUGCUGUUUCUCUCUUAUGUAAAUUUCUAGGUCUCUUCUUUUUUUUUUGUACCUUGCACACACACACACACACACACACACACACACGCACACACACACACACACACACACACGCGCGCACACACACAGUCUUGAGUCAUAUACCAGUUCUCUCCACGUUGGCUAAUCUCACACAUCACCAUUCUCACAUUUCCACUCGCUCUCAUAGUCCUCAUCUGCACCUCAGCAGAGUAACAUGUUGCCUCGUCGCAGAGCCACGGCGCAGAGCGCAGAGCGGAGGCUGCCUUGACCAAACAUAAAGAGCAAACAAGAAGGAAGAAGCGAGAGGAAGGGAAGUGAAGUCUCGUCUCUCCUCUUUUGGCGUCCGUGCACCUUCUUCUGAGGGGACGAGGUGGAAGGAGAAGACAGGCUUUCACACUGUCCUGACUCAGUUUGUCGCCUCGAGCAGAGGGAGCAGCAGAGGAUGCAAGGGAACCCGGAGGAGCUGGAAAGUUGCAUCUCUUUCACGCAGAUGUCCAUCCAUCCCACACGGCUGACCAAACUUUUUUAAACCAAACAGGAGGAGGAGGAGGAGGAGGUGGACUGAGGAAGGUGAGGAGGAAGGAAGAGGGAAGGAAAAGCAUCCCUCACUCUGGUGACUUCUGUGCACACUUGUUUUGGUCAGUCAGAAAGCAGAAAGCAUCCUUCCAGAGGCAGCUACCCAUGUGGCAGGAGGCUCUGUGGACCCGAGGACGCUACCUGCUGGAGAAGAGCGAUGGCGGCGAGGGCGGUGAGGGGCCCGAGAGCCUGGGAGACGGGUGCCCAGGGUUCCAGGGUGAGGUGUGUGUGGAGGGCGAGAAGCCUCAGGACUGGCUGUACGAGUCCUACUACAGAAUGAGCCAGCAGCAUCCGCUGAUCGUGUUCUUGCUGCUGAUCGUCAUGGGAACCUGCCUCGCACUGCUGGCGGUGUUCUUUGCUUCAGGACUGAAUACAGAGGACCACUUGACGUUCUUGAUCACGGUUCCCGCCGCCCUCUUCCUCUUCCUGUCCAUCUUCAUCCUCGUCUGCAUUGAAUCGGUCUUCAAGCGGAUGCUCCGCCUCUUCUCUCUCCUUAUAUGGGCCUGUCUGGUCACCAUGGGUUACCUGUUCAUGUUCUCAGGAGGGAUACUCAGCCCCUGGGACCAGGUGUCCUUCUUCCUCUUCAUCGUGUUUGUUGUCUACACCAUGCUGCCCUUCUCCAUGAGAGCGGCCAUUAUCGCCAGCGCCAUCACCUGCUUCUCACACACUGUCACCCUAAGCGUCUGCCUGGCCUCCAAAGUCACCGAGCUGGAACCUCUCGUCUGGCAGAUCUUAGCCAAUGUGAUCAUCUUCACCUGCGGGAACCUGGCCGGGGCGUACCACAAACACCUGAUGGACCUGGCUCUCAAACAGACCUACCAAGACACCUGCAACUGCAUCAAGUCCCCCAUUAAACUAGAGUUUGAGAAGCACCAACAGGAGCGUUUACUGCUCUCCUUACUGCCGGCUCACAUAGCCCGGGUGAUGAAAGCCGAGAUCAUCCAGAGGCUGCAGGGACCCAACUUCGGUCGAACCGAGAGCACUAACAACUUCCACAACCUCUAUGUGCAGCGGCACACCAAUGUCAGCAUCCUGUAUGCUGACAUCGUGGGCUUCACCAGGCUGGCCAGUGACUGCUCCCCAGGUGAACUUGUGCACAUGCUGAAUGAACUCUUUGGCAAGUUUGACCAGAUUGCAAAGGAAAACGAGUGCAUGCGAAUCAAGAUCCUGGGCGAUUGUUACUACUGUGUGUCUGGUCUGCCUGAGUCGCUGCCUCACCACGCCAGGAACUGUGUGAAGAUGGGCUUGGAUAUGUGUGAGGCCAUCAAGAAGGUCCGAGAUGCCACUGGCGUCGAUAUCAACAUGCGUGUGGGUGUUCAUUCUGGGAAUGUCCUGUGUGGUGUGAUUGGCCUCCGGAAGUGGCAGUAUGACGUGUGGUCGCAUGACGUAACGCUAGCCAAUCAUAUGGAGGCAGGAGGCGUGCCAGGGAGGGUCCACAUCUCUUCAGUGACGUUGGAGCACUUGAAGGGCUCAUAUAAAGUGGAGCCUGGAGACGGGCAGAGCCGAGAUUCCUACCUGAAAGAACACGGCGUGGUCACCUUUUUAGUCAUCAACCCCAAGACUGAGAGGCACAGCCCUCUGCUGGGUGUGCGCUCUCGUCCCUCUCUGGACGGUGGGAAGAUGAGGGCGUCUGUCAGAAUGACCCGAUAUCUGGAGUCCUGGGGCGCCGCCAAACCCUUCGCCAACCUCCACCAUCGAGACAGCAUGACUACAGACAAUGGCAAGAUCAACACAACUGACGUUCCAAUGGGGCAGUAUCACUUCCACAGACGAGAAAGGUCCAAAUCUCAAAGGAGGCGGUUUGAGGAGGAACUCAAUGAGCGAAUGAUUCGCACCAUCGACGGCAUCAACUCGCAGAAACAGUGGCUGAAGUCUGAAGACAUCCAGAGGAUCUCAUUGUUCUUUCACAACAAAGCUCUGGAAAAAGAGUACAGAUCCACAACAUUACCAGCCUUCAAGUACUAUGUCACCUGCGCCUGCCUCAUAUUCUGCUGUAUAUUCAUAGUGCAAAUCCUCGUCUUGCCCAAAACUGCUGUGCUGGGGAUCUCCUUUGGCCUGGCAUUCCUGCUGUUGGCUUUGAUCCUGCUCCUUUGCUUCGCUGGUCACAUUCUGCAGGGAAGGAAGGGGUCCUUCUGCUCUCUAACCUGGUUCCCCACGUCCUCCAGCAUCAUCGUCACCAAUAAUCCCUGGCUGCGAUUGGUCCUCACCAUGGCGACCACUGCGCUCAUACUGGUGAUGGCCGUGUUCAACAUGUUUUUCGCGGAGGAUCCUGGAGGAUCCACAGAGGACGUCCUGACAACUUCCCAGCCUGAAGUCCUGAUAACUACUCCGCCUGUGAUUCUAAGUAAUGACAGCUCGUUGGAGGAAAACGCGGGAGAAAACAAGUUUUAUCUGCCAUACUUCAUCUACUGCUGUAUACUGGGCCUGGUGUCGUGCUCAGUGUUCCUGAGGAUCAACUACGAGCUGAAAAUGGUGGUGAUGCUGGUUGCCGUGGUGAUCUACAACAUUAUCAUCCUCCAGACACACGCCUCCCUGCUGGAUGGAUUUAACAAAGCCCUGUACCCCACUGCGACACUUGAUAGACCAGGAGUGCUGAAGGAUCUAAAGACGAUGGGCUCCGUGUCUCUUUUCAUCUUCUUCAUCACACUACUGGUGUUAGCCAGGCAGAAUGAAUAUUACUGUAGGUUGGACUUCCUGUGGAGGGACAAAUUCAAGAGGGAGUGCGAGGAGAUCGAGACUAUGGAGAACCUCAACCGGGUGCUGCUGGAGAACGUUCUACCUGCUCACGUCGCCGAACACUUCCUGGGACGCAACUGGAAAAAUGAGGACCUUUAUCAUCAGUCAUACGACUCGGUGUGUGUGAUGUUCGCCUCCAUCCCAGACUUCAAAGAGUUUUACACCGAGUCGGAUGUCAAUAAGGAAGGACUGGAGUGCCUCCGUCUCCUCAACGAGAUCAUAGCAGACUUUGAUGAGCUGCUGUCCAAACCCAAGUUUAGCGGCGUGGAGAAGAUAAAGACCAUCGGCAGCACCUACAUGGCUGCAACUGGACUCAAUGUGACACCGGGACCAGAGUGUGCACAGGAACAUGACAGACAGUACAUGCACAUUGGCACCAUGGUGGAGUUUGCCUUUGCUCUUGUGGGGAAGCUGGACGUCAUCAACAAACACUCCUUCAACGACUUCAGACUCAGAAUCGGGAUAAACCACGGGCCAGUGAUUGCAGGUGUUAUCGGGGCCCAGAAACCUCAGUAUGACAUCUGGGGAAACAGCGUGAACGUGGCCAGUAGGAUGGAGACCACUGGGAUAUUGGGAAAAAUACAGGUAACAGAGGAGACGAGUUGUAUAUUAUCAACACUAGGGUACAUGUGUUCAUGUCGUGGCAUCAUCAACGUGAAGGGCAAAGGAGAUCUGAAGACUUACUUUGUUCACACAGAGAUGACCCGAUCUCUGUCACAAGGGACUGUGAUGCCUUGA